AUGACAGGAGAGACCCAGCAUGUUUAUGCCGUCAGUGAUACUGAGUCCAGCUCCAAAGAUCAAGACAAAGACUUUGCCUUUGAACGUUUCAGCGGGAAAGGUGGGGGGGAGUUUAACGGCAGCUCCCUGGACACCUCGGAGCUGUGCUUGCACAACGGGACCGAGAGCGGGUCCCACUUCCCCAGUGUUAAGGACAAAGAGCCCCACAGCCAACGGGAAGCUGUGAUCAGGCCGCAGCAAGCAGGGAAGAUCGACUUCAAGUCCCUCCACAACAAGCCCAAGUUUUCCAGCGAUGGCCCGUGGGGCAGCGUCAAGGGGAGCCCGCAGUCUCCCACGGGGAAGAGCCGAGUGAGGGAUAAGAACAGGCGGUCUGGGAAAGGGGAGCGCAGUCACCACCAGCUCUACAGGCUCAGCAUUAGCAACUCUCGGUCCAACCCCACCAUUGGCAUCGCCUACCCCCAGCAGAAGGUCACCCCACCCAAGAAGCCAGAAGUCAGCCGAGGACCCAGCUCGGGAAGCUACCGAUUCCACGUGCCCAGCAUCCCCGAGAGGGAGGCAGAGCUUGAGCAAGAGGACCUGAGCUUCAACCAGUGCUUCCCGGAGGUCUCCUCCAGCCUCACCUCCGGCAACUAUACCUCACACACGCCAGCCGCCGCACGCCAGAACCACAGCGGGAAAGGACAGCCGUCGGCUGGCCUCCCCCACAAAAGCCCUGGCACUAACGGGCAGUUACACUAUUUAGAGUUCCAGGCAAAUGGGAAUAAGUCUUGGCCUUCACCGGACAAAAACUUCCCGGGUGCUAGCUAUGGUAUCUCUGCUCAGAAACCAUGCCCCUUCCCCGAGAGUGGCAAAGCCAGCACACACUGUCUGGGCUCCUUGCCAUUUCAAUACCCCUUCCAGCCGCUGCAUGACGUAGCAAAGGAUCCUUUCCGUAAUGACGCUACCAGCCAAGAUUAUAUGGAUGUUUCGCUGGCAACUAACCAGGUGAUUCAUGGUGCUUUCGGCUUUCAUUCUUCCUCCAGGGACUGGCAAGAGGAGGCUCUGGGCAACGGCUCCUACGAAACCGUAGCCCCAGAGGGCAGGACAUAUGGCCUGUCUUCUCAGCCAGCUCAGUUCCUACAUUCCUCGGCCCCCGGGGUCCAGCAGCAGUCCCCUCUGCCUUGCUACAAAGGAAGGAAUGAGCAUUCCGGUGAGCUCAAUGGUGCUCUCUCUUCUUCUGGUGCUAUCGACCAAACUCCAAGCACUUUCCAAGAAAACCAAUCUGUUUUCCCACCUAGUUUACAUGUGACUAGUAUGCCAAAGCCAGUGAGUAAGGGGCAGCCUUCACUGAAAGACAAUGGACCUAGUCAAAGGAUACUGACCCAAGGUAGCUCUCUUCGAAGGAAUAUACCACAGAACUCUCUACCCCAAGUGCACUUUCAGAACAAAGUUUAUUGCGGUUCCCUGGCGAGCGGCGUAAGCACGGGAUCGGUGCCUUUUGAGAAGAGCAUGCCCAGUACACCUCAAGCCCACCCCCGGCUCUUGCAAGCCUGGGAUGGAGCCAAUAAGGCGUUCUCUCCCGUGGACCAGACUUCAGCACCUUAUUCAAACCCUGUUGGAAGUCAGUUCUCAUUCGAGUGCCAGUCCAGCCCUGAGCAGAGGCAGUACGUGCAGAAAAACUCCAGGAUGCCUUGGCAGCAAAUACACCUCACCUCCGCAGUGCCCAGCCAGAACAGGAUAGAGCUCUCCAGACAGCUCACCAGCCAGAAAUUCCCGUUCCCCCUGGGCACCUCGCAAUGGCCAGGGGGCAGCAGUCUGCAGAAAGGCACCCCCAGGUAUCACAGCCAAAAGCUCCUGGCAGGAGAGGGUCUCUUGGUGCAAAGGAGGGACCCCACCCGGCAGAGCUGCGGCUCAACGAACGCUUUCUCCUUUGAAGGUGGGAAGGACACCGGGUCUCCCACAUGCGACUCCAGGAGCAAACCCCUCUUCUUCAGCAUGAACCAAACGGUGCCACCAGCCACCUCCAGGAGCUCUCCCAAUCCAACAUUGGCUCUGCCGCCGUCGGCCUUGGUGACAGCUUCACCAUGUGAGUCUCCGCUCCCGUCACCUGUCCCCAACCCUACCUGCAGCAGCACGUGUUCUUCUCUCUCGCCUAUGUCCAGCAGCCCGGUCAACCACAGCUUCGAAGACAGCCAGCUGUCUGCAGCACUUACCCCGGCACCCUUCUUUCACCAUCCCUGCCACCCCGCGGACAUCCUGAACUCCAGCUCACUCAACUACCACCCGCCAGACUCCAUCAAGCCCUUCCACUUCCCCCUGGACACCCCAAAGGACGAGCACCUUCUCAAAUGCCUCCCGGAGACCCAGUUCCACAAGCCAGAUGUUGACAUGGCCAAGGGCUGCCUGGAUGCCUUCGAGGGGGAACCGCCUCCCCCGCCUUACUCCUCCCAUCACCUGCUGGCGAACUCGCUGAGCAGCGCAAGCCUGGACCAGCUGGACGUGCUGCUGACCUGCAAGCAGUGUGACCAGAACUACAGCAACCUCUCCUCCUUCCUGGAGCACCGCCAGUUCUGCGGCUCGCAUGUGGCUUUCCAGGGCGAAAUGAGAGAUGCUUCCAAGGGAGCCGAGGCCAGGAAGCAGCUCCCCUCAGAGUCCACGAAACACUCCCAAGCCAGGCCAGGGCCAUCACUUUCUCCCGACACCCAUUCACACCUGCUCGCGUUAAACAAGCCUGUCAAUUUCCUGUUAGACGGGGAAGGCAGAGGGGAGGCAAAGGAGGACCCGCUGAAAGGCCAUAUAUUUCAUGGGCUAACCACAAAUUCCUUGCCACUUACUGCUUCCGACUUAGAAAUCGAUGAUGCCAAGCUGGAUAGUCUGAUCACGGAAGCGCUGAAUGGGCUGGAGUAUCAGUCCGAUAACCCCGAGAUUGACAGUAGCUUCAUAGAUGUGUUUGCUGAUGAGGAACUCACGUCAGUGAAGGGCAUGGGCAACGGGAUGCCGCACAAGGUGAAGGAUAGCCCAACCUCGGAGAACAAACUGAAGCACACGGGGAAGGACGAGAAGCCAGCGAGUGAGUCAAAAGCCGUCUAUUAUUAUGAAGAGGAUCAUCCCAGCGGAGAGCAGGCUCAGAGCAGAGCGCCGGGGACGCAGCAUGUUCCUAAGAGGAGACUGGCAGGCAAGUUCACAGACCGGGGGAACAAAAGGCUGGAGAAAUCCAGUAUCAAGGAGCUGGCUCGGAGCAAGGCUGCAAAUCGGGUGACGACUGAUAAAGCACAGCCUGACAAGAAUACCAAGCUGAAAACGGGGAGGAAGGGUGAUGGUGGCUCUGUUACUCCAGUGACUAUGACCCAACCUGACUCCGAUAAAAACCAGCCCAGAAGCCUUAGUGAGGAUGCUUAUCUGAAGAGUGAAAUCAGGCCAAAUGGUACCACCCCAGGGCCUGCCAAUAAGAACCCCAAGCUGCUGCGGUUCUCGAUGAAGGAUGUGAAAAAGCGGAAGCCGAGGAGCGGCACGUGGAGCAAGGAGCUCAUUCAUAAAAUCGUGCAGCAGAAAAACAAGCUGCACAAGCUGCAUGCGAAGAGCGAUAAGAACACGCCAGUCUCCAGAGCCACUGAGAGGCUGCUGCCGGCAGCCCAGGACAGUAAAUUUGGCGAGUACGAGUACAUUUCGGAUUCAGAUGACGAAGGGGUGGUGUAUGCCAAGCUGCACGGCAGAAAGAAGCUGGGGUCCGCAUCAAACGGGCGGACCAAGCACGGCUUUAGCAAGAGGCGCUCAGGGAGAGGGGAGAGGACCAAAGAGAAAGAGCCAACCUGGACCUAUAGCCAGAAGAGAGAUGGUCAGGAGCACAGGCGGGCCCCAAGCGAUGAGGCAAUAAAGAAAGAUGGCAUUGCAGCCAGAAUCCGAAGGCGAAGCAGCCGAUCGUCCACCGGCAGCAGUCAUAGCACUAGCUUGUCCAGUGAAACUGGCGCUAGCCCCCCAAGCACUGAAAGGGCCGACUCUGACAACGAGAAGGAAAGCGUCCAGAACAGAAGAUACCCAGAUAGUUCUGAGCACAUCACACCACUUCCAAGGAACCCGCUGAGCCUUCUUGAUAAAGAGACUCUAAAGACGAGCAAUGAAACCAAAGCGGGCUUUUCCAGAGGGACCAGGAGGUUUGGCUCAGCCAAAUUUUUGCUGACUGGCUCCACGACACAUCACAGCGAGAGGUCACACAUUUCUCCGGCAGGUUCUAUGAACGAGGAAAGCUCACCAGACAGCAAAGAAAAACAACAUCACAGCAGAGAUGCCUUCAACAAGGGCCCCGUCAGACUUUACUGUGAAGAGGACACAGAAGAGCAGAAAGGAGCCACUAGCCAUGCAGGUGAGAUAGCGAGACCUAAGACAGAGGCUCAAGAUUCCACUGAUUUGACAAUGACCAGUCAGAGGCGUCCGUUUGCUGCUUAUAAUGAGGACACCCUCACUUACCAUACAGAAGAGUUAAUUCCUCCCUCUCACAUGGGUACCGAUGCCAGCCCUGGACAGGUGAGCACUACCUAUUCGCCUGCUGGAAUCAAGUACUUAAAGGAACAUGGACUUCGUGAUGACCAUAAAGAUUAUGCUGCUCCAGUCGGCUGUUACAAUGGGGAUCCUGUUGGAAUGAUGCUAGCCAUCAAAGGACCCGAUACCUAUGUGAGCACUGACGACACACUUUAUGACCACAAAGACCUAUCCAGUCGCUAUGAUCCUAACCUUUUCUCAAAGCCUCCUGCCGUGGGGGCCUCACACAUUGACGAUAUGUACUUAUGCCAGGAUGACAUUAGCACCAGCUCAUUUGAGCAGAAGCACUCUGAUUUCACCCCCUUUGCCUCAGAAAAUCAGCAGACCAAAGUGUCUUCCCCUCUUGGCUUUGACUCCUCUUCGAUAUUCGGAGAACUUCCCGUAGCUGAGUUUGAUACUCCAUUAUACGACAGCGUCGCCACAAGUAAGGACAAUUAUGUCCCAUUUGGAUGCAAUCCACCCAGCAAAACGAUGCCGUUUGAGCAGCAGUAUCCUCCAUUUCUUCAAGAGAAGGACUGGGGUCUAAUGGAGGAAGUGUCUCCAAUUUUGUCGGAAGACAUUGGUCAGUUUCAUACCCUUUCGGUGGAAAAGCCAUUAGCUAAGAAAUUCCCAGAUGAGGGAGCCAUAGCGCACAAUCAAAUGUCUUUACCUUUGGCAGACAGGAUUGGAGAUUAUAAUGUAGCUUUUAUGAACAAUAUAUCAGAUGAUGAGCUGGAGAUCAAGCGAUUAGUUACAGAACUGGAAAGUCAGCUGCAAACCAGCAAAUUAAAUAAUGAGGCAUCCGAAGUCCAUCAGACAUCUGAGCAACACAUCGGCACACAGCUGAGAAAAGCAACUGACCAGUUUUCACCUAUACCCGUGGAUCAAGAGACAGGGAAUGAAAAGGAUUUGUUCUUGACAGAUGCCCUUGGGAAUACAAACCUUCUUUCCACAAAAGUCUGUGUGGGCCAAAGUUUAGUGAAUGAGAAGCCUACAGUUCCCAACAUAGAUGGCAAUUAUAAGAACCACCAGGAUUCUUGGCCCUGCCCAGCAGAGUUUAGUUCUUUAGAAUCAAGCAUGUGUACACCAGCUGUUGAAGAUUCAAUCUCUGUAGAUCAUUUCUGUUCCAAAGAGCCCUGCGAUAAGCUCCCGGAAACUCUGAAGGAUGCUGAAACUUCCAAGGAAAGUGACUCCAGAGAGAUGGAGAAUGAACCUUCCCAGGUUAUCCCUGAUUCAUGCAUGCCAGACAAAUUAGAGGCUCCAAUCUACACAAACCAUAUGAUAAAAAGCCCUGCCAUUGUUACUGAUUCCUUGUUCCCUAAAACUCUAGAGGCAGCUGAACUAAAUAAACACAAUAUUUUUCCGUCCCUGCCAAGCAAACACGGAGCUGAUGGGUUUUCCGAGCCAGGGAAAAUGGAUAAAACCUUUGAUGAUCCUCCAGAGCUGGAAUCUUUCAGCAGCCACAUUCCAAAUCUGAAAUCUGAAUUUGGGUUUCAGGAAGAUCGGGUCCCCACCUUGGAUCUCGCUUUGUCUUCUCAUGCCAAAAAUAACAUGGACUCAGAAGAAAGACCUCUAGACAAAGCCGAGUCACCCAAAGUGCUAAAAAUCUCAGUGCACUGUGAAGGUGAUGACAAUGGACCUGUUUUAUUGGAAGAGACUGAAGAAAGCAAGGAUCCUGCAGUCUACCAAACCCCAGGGCCCUUUGACAAGGCUAGCAACCGGAAAGCAUUAUUAUUCAGUAUACUGAGUGUGUCCAAAGAGACUGAUUGUGGUACAGAAAAGGUGCUAGCCUCCCAAGAAACUACCGCAAACCCAUUACAGCAGCUCCAACUGUUUGUUGCCCGGACAGUCAAGAAUAAUGAAGAAGAGCUGAUGAUGCCAUGCUUCCCAGUGCUGCUCUCUGCCAAUCACCAACCUUCAAAUGCCAAUAUUCAGUCUGAGCAGGAAGAGGAAGGCCUGGGCAGCUUGGAAGGCGAGAAUUCAGCAUGUCAUCAUGCAUGUGCAGAGGGGAACAAGCCCAUGGGAGGAGAAGCAGAGAGCAAGGCUACUACAUCAGAAGCAACUGGAGUUUUUCCAGAGGCAGGUGAACAGCUGGAGUCGUUCAACGAAACAGACACCUACACUGCAGAGCAAUCCACAUUUUCGAACCACAAGCUGCACAAUAAUGUAACAGAGCUGCAGCACUUAGCAGAUGAAUGUUCAGAGCCCAGUGACAUUAAUAUCUGUGCAGAUGGCGUAUCACCAGAGCAUAAUAACCUCUCACCAUGCAGCAGCGCAACGGUAACCCCAUUGCUAGGGCAGGUAAAGAAAGCUGAUCAGAUUGUGGAGGAGCAAGAGCAAGAUAAAAACAAAGCAACCUUGGCAUUUAAAAACCACAGACAAUCCUAUUUAAGCCAUAGUUUGUUUGAGAAAGAAACGUUAGGCAAUGCACUGACAGAGACACUAAAAGUAAGCGCUGCUGAAUGUAAUGCUUGGUCUGAGGGAGCUAGUCAUCAAAUGCAGUUGUCAUGCACCAUAAAAACCAAAUGCAUAGGGUCAACCAAUAACCAGGUGGGACAUGAGACACAGCUUCCUUGCAGUGCAUCUUUGGGUCCUGCUAGCUCUUUGAAUCCUUCUGAAGAUCUUCACCAGGAAUAUAAUUUGUUGCAUGAAACUAACAUCUAUUCAGUAAAUGCUCAGCUUCCUGAAGAUGGCAGUGGAAAGAAAAAGCAGGUCCUUGACGCUUGUCACUCCAAAGAGGACUCUCUGGCCAGUUUGCCUUUGCAAACUAGCUUUUCUCACCACAAAUAUUUGCAGAACAAUAAUAAUGAAAAUGUAGAGUUCUCGGACUUCAGUGUGCAGCUCUCGGAAGAGGAUAGAUACACUGCCCCUGUGCUUAACACAGAGACUCAGUCAAGUUCAUUUAUUGUAAAAAGGUUCAACUCUGACUCAGAGAAAAAUCUAGUUUGCUGUUCCACGCAAAAUCCUUUAGAGCAAGGAAAAUGGAAAAACACACGUGUCUUUCAACCCACUCUUCAGCAAUGCAACACCACUGCUCCCGCACCUUUGGAUGCUAUUGGAAACAUUCGUCAUUGUCCUGCCAAAGACAUUCUAACUAAUCUUGGGCAGUCUGAAAAAGAAGGACCGGCAGAACCUCAUGUUCCACAAUGCCCCGGUGAGCUGGCAGUUUCUGGUUUGGAGCUGGAAAGCCCCCAGAAAUUGCAAAUGAACGACUGUAUUCUUCCCUGCAUGCCACCUUUGGAGCAAAAUGACAUUGGUGAUGUGCUGCCGGAAAGCACUUGUGCUGAGCUGUUAUGCCCUCUUUAUAAAGGAAACAAGACAUGCACCGUCACAGACACGAUUAUUAAUUCUCAGUCAAUACCUCUGCAGGGCAUCCAUGCUUGUCAGCCCACACCAGAAACCAAAGAUUACUCAACGCAGCCCACUAAUCUUUCGCCAGUUGGAGAAAGAGACGGAGAGGUAAACUUAAAUCAAGAAAAGGAGCUUAAAAAGUGCCAUUAUAAUGGAAAUAAACAUCAAAAUGAGCCAGAGGCCUCGUGCAAUAGCUUUGUCAUUCAACAGAUCCCAACUGUUGUAAGUACUGCCUGUGAAAGGACAGCAGAUUCUGGCCCUCUUGAUCAAGAGGUCCACCAGUUUACAGAGGUGCCAGAGAUGAUACCUAGUGACCCCUCCAAAAAUGUGGAUAAUAGAGAAAAUAAUUCAAAAGGAGAUGACUUGGAAAGCCAAGGGGCUGAGAGUACUGGAGGAGACAGCAGUUGUAUGUUAAAUAACAUGGAGCAAGAAGAGGAGAGUGGCAUGUUUAAAAAUAUCCCAAAUGCAUCCAGAAACGGGCAUCUGAAAGAAGAGAAACAAAAUGGCCUCCAAGUCACUUGUGAUAUUUGUUCUGCAUCUUUUAGAUCCAAACCAGGAUUGACCAGGCACAAAGCUGUAAAGCAUCAGACGAAAAAUGAUGGCACAUUGAUGCCGAGCAAAACUUCAAAGUUCAGUUUGAAUUUGCUGGAGAAAACAUCUAAAAUGUCCAAGAAAGUCUCUCGGAAAAGCAUAAAGGCCACUGCCAAGGAGAGAAUGAAUAACACACAAAUGCCAACCAGCGCUGUUGGACACGUCUCCAAGAAAACAUGUGCAGGUCAAGAGAAGGAGCCCAAUGCACAAAUGCAAGAAGUAGUUAGUAGAGUGCUCAGUGACCUCAGUGUCAUAUCGCUUGAAGUGUGCCAUGAACGUCAUCACACAGAUAUUCUGAGUAAAGAAACAAAGACAAAAUCUCAUAGCUCAGAGACAGGGGAAUUGGAUGAAUCAGUGACAGAAAAGCCCGGUCCUAGAAAGCAACCAAAUAAACGGGGAAAAGGCAGAAGAAGCCAAAGCAAAGAUCCUGGGGAGUUAAAUAGAAAUUUAGAGAAGAAACGAAGUAGAAAAGCAAGAAGGGAAGUAAAUAUGUUUCCCAAUGAAAGUGAAGUCAAUGAAUUGUCCAACCUGGAGAAGAAUGCUGCUGAUGGUCCUUCCAAUGUUCUUUCCAGUAGAAUCAACUCCAGUCUGUCAAAUGUGAUUGAAGAUUUGGCUGAGCCAGGCAGCUGCAUCUCAGCAGAGGAACAAGACAGGCCAUGCUCAGCCCAGCAGUCUCACACAGCAAAAUGGUCACCUUGCAUAGUUAAGCAUGCAGAUAAAGUGGGUGAUUUGGUCGUCUCUUCCAUGGAGACAGACAGGCAGGAGUCACUAAAGGUCCCCGUGAGCUGUCAAAAGCAGAUGGAAGAUCCAAGUCAAGGAGAAAAGGCACAGGCCAAAGAGAAAUUGGCAAGUGGGUUUAUGAAGCAAGUGGAGAAGGGGCUGAGCAAAGUAUGCAAAGAACAGCACGAUGAUGGUGUUGGCACAAAUGUGAAGGAACGUGAGAAUUCCUUGGGAGAGAGCAAUCAUGGGAAUCAUAGUAGUGCCUUCAGGCAUCCCUUGAGUCCUGCCAGACCAGAUCUGUCUUUAGAAACCUGUGAAUCUGAAACGGCCAACAAGGAUCCCACUAAAGGCAUGUUGGAAAAUGCUUCUGAUGACAGCCCUUUUUCGGCAGAGUCAAAGCCCUGGGGAAAGGGAGAGUUAUUACAGAGAAAGGAGUCCUGCACUGGUGAUGCAACUGAGCCAGACCUGCAGGGUUUAUUUGAUGAUGACGUCACAUUCGCACAGCUGUUUCCAAGGGACAACCAGUUCACCCGGAGGAAGUGCACGCGCGUGUAUGGGAAACGAACCAAGAAACCCAAACCUGUCACUGAUGCAAAUGUCAGGCCAGUGGGUGCCAUAGACUUCUUUCCCAUCCGGCUGGCUUCAGACCUCAGUGAAACCAGCUCUUUCUGUGUCACCAGGGACGAUCCUUGUGAAUAUGAAACCAUCUCCAUUGACGAUGCCUUGAUGCUAAACAUGUGUCACAGCAGUAAGCCAAAGGGAUGUGAUGCCAGCUCCAACGCUUCCACAAAUAUUGCACUGCAGCCAGAUUAUGAGAAAAACAGCCAAAGGAAGGAGGUCAUUGACCUGGAGGAUGAUAACAUGUUAACCUUCCUCUGCCAAAACAACCAGAUGGAAAACAUUCCGAACUUGAACAUUUGGGGAAGUCUUGAAAAGGAGGCAGAAAAUCUUCCUGCUGAUGAAGUACUGUUCAAGUCCCCUACGGAGCUUGAAAAUGAACAUUCAAUAGCAGAAACUAGCCCAGAACCCCCAGAGCUGGAAGAGGAACCCUUCAACAGCAAGAUAAAUGAGGACCAAGGCUCACCUGAGUUUCAUACAAUUGACAUUGAGAUGUUGAGUGCAAAGUUCAAGAUGCAGGAUAUGUGCUUUUUCAGCCCUUGCAAAGAUAAUCCUGGCCAUUUGGAUGAAAGCAUGGUGUGUUUCAAGCAGAAGCCAAGCCAGCACAGCAAACACAGCAAAAAUAAGCUAGAAGAUGGGAAGCCAGGCAAAAAUCGCAACGAUAUGAACAUCAAGACUAAGGAUAAACAAUACAAAUGCAAAGUGUGUUUCCAGUGGUUUCUCACCUUAGGGGAACUGGACUUUCACAAACUCACCCAUAACCCUUCCCCUCCACCUACCUGCUAUAUGUGUGUCCAGCGCAAAUUCAGCUCAAGGGAGCAAUUGAGGGACCAUUUAAAAGAGAAGCAUGCAAAAAACAAAGCUGGCCUGUGGGCCUGCGGAAUGUGCCUGAAGGAGAUUUCCGAUGUCUGGAUGUAUAACGAGCAUCUCAGAGAGCACGCCACGCAGUUUGCUCGGAAAGGUCAGGCUCAGAAAUCAGCGAUGGGUCUGCCUACCUGCUUCAGCGAGGACAAUGCUGCGGUCACCCACUUCCUGAACACCAUCAUGUAUCGGAAACCAAGCAAGUCAUCCAAGCUGGUGGAUUCCGCCAGCAAACACCUUGCCAGCAAAGAGAACAAGAGCCUAAAAGAGCCACCCCCCGACCAAGAGGCAAAGGUAACUAAAGACACCUUGGAAAGCAGUGUCAGAAUUAAAUUAACUUCCUCCGCCUCCAGCUCUUCCAAAGGGCCUGCCAGUCCAUCUCCAGACAAUAUGCCAAAAGGUGAAAGCACUCAAAAAGCUGUCCCCAUGCAUCCGGACUGCAAGGACCCUUCCAGAGAUUGCCACCACUGUGGAAAACAAUUUCCCAAGCCCUUCAAGCUCCAGCGCCACUUAGUGGUGCACAGCUUACAGAAGAUUUACUUGUGCCACAGGUGCCCGAUGUUCUAUCCGGAAACAAAAGAGCUUCGAAGUCACCUGAGUCAAGAUCAUGGGAUAGCAGAGGAGCCGGAGAUCAAGCACACCACGCUGUAUGCAUGUGAGCUCUGCGCGGAUGUCAUGCAUGUCAUCAAAAAGUCGUUCAUAUGCAGCAUGUGCAACUACACCUUCUCUAAGAAAGAACAGUACGACAGGCACAUGGAGAAGCACCUGGCGGGAAGCAACAAGACUUUCAAAUUCAGAGGGGUCAUGAGGCCUGGCAUCUCCUCCAAGGAUGGCAAUGAGAAAAUCAAAGAGGAAAACUAUCCAAGGGAGGACAUGCCACCACGCAAGAAAAGGAAGCUCACACACCAUGGCAGCUUGGAUCCACACAACUCACCUGUGCACCUUGACCAUAGUAAUGAUCUACAGCUAGCUGAUGUGCCUUUACCACCUCCCAGUGAGUCCUGCCCUGAAACAGGUGAUGACCCUGGAGCAACUUUGCCCCAAACUUCUGUGAAAACAGAAGACCUCGUGGGUGACUUCUCAGACCUCCUGGCUGAAAUGGAAAAAUCUCAGUUCGAUACCCUCCCGCCACCCCCAUGCCUGUCUCCUCUGCCCCAGGCUAUCGUGAGUGAUCCAGAGAUCAGUUACACCACAAUGCUUUCCAUUGAAGAACUAGACAAAGGAGCCUUUGAUGGGAAGCCUCUUCCUAUCCUGGACUCUUCUGAAUUUCAUAUGGACCUUUCUAGUUUAGCUCAUAACCAGGCAAUGGACGGAAAGCUAUCUCCACCUCAUCUCACUGAGAAACAUGGGCAUGCAGAUGGCCAAGCAAAACCAACCACGGGCAAUCAAAGAGAACAUGUGGUGGGGAUAUUGGACAAUCCCAGUUCACGAGACGAGCCUGUCGAAGAGAUCCCUUGCCUCAAACUAGCUAAGAAAAUCCCAGAAAUUUCUGCACCAAAAGUAGAAGCUCCACUGGCCAAGGACGCUCAUAAAACAUUGUGGAGCAGCCCAAAUGUAGAUGAUGCUCCUAGGGAAAUUGCAUCCAAGGCCAAUUAUUCAGAGUCCACCUACCCCUCUCUGCCUCUGAAGGACAAGACAGCAUCACCUGUUCUAAACAGGGCUGCCAAAGAUUCAGCCCCUCAGAAGAAAACCACAGGCAGUCAAGUGAGUGGCGAAGCUGCCUCCGCUCCAACUGGUAAUCUGGGCAGCACAGAGGAGAUCCAGAAACCCUGCUCACUAAAAGAAAAGGCCAUGCCUGAGACAGGUGUCUGUGCCAAAGACGGCAAUGCCAGUGCCAGUGUCAGAGAAAUAGGAUGCAAUCAAAACAAACUCUCAAGUCAACUCAAAGCUGAGGGAGUGGCCAACCCUGUGAAACAUGGCCACUCGGAUCCAGGUAAAUCCUUGGACAAGCAAGCUCUGAACGGGCCUGGCAAGCCGCACCCGAAGAAGCGAAAAGAGCACAAGUCUUCGAGUCACAAAGGCAGCUCAGCGUCUAGGGAGAACAUUGAGGGAGAUGGGAAGAAGAAGAAAGCCCGAACACCGGGCCCUGGGAGGAGCGACGGGGCUGGAGAGCUCAAAAGAGGCGAAUGGACUAACAACGAGGCUUCUGCCCUUUCCCCCGGGAAGAGGGAAAUGCACUGCAACAAACUGAUCCCCAAGCCCAGAAUGUCAGGAGUUGGCAACCAGCUGAAAAAGAUGGCGCUGGACACCUACAAUCAGAAGAAGGUGACUAACCGUCAUUCCAAUGGAGACCUGAAGCGUAAGAAGGACAUCCUGGGGAAAACCUUUCACCAUCUCCUAGCCAAAGGGCCCGCCACGUCCCUCCACAGCUCUUUAAGCAGGCACAGAGCUGUCCAAGGUGCUAAACCUGCUGACUCUCACAAUUACAGGACAGCCGAAUCCCAGAACAAUCUCCUAAGCCAACUGUUUGGACAGAAAUUAACGAGCUUUAAAAUUCCUUUAAGAAGAGAUACUUCAGAGUAAUUUAUGAAAGUGACUUAUGGUGAUCCUCAGCUGCUUU